CGAAAAGGACGGAGAGCGUGUGUACGUUCUUGCAAUCUAACGAUUCACAUUGCCGGAACUCCCCUAAUAGACACCUCAGCGUGUCACCGUCACUGCUAUGAACACAUGUUGGUUAGAACUGGGACUGGACUUCGAAGAACCCACAGUCCGAAGGUCGAGGAACAGCCACAACACGACACAUCACCUGGUGCAGAUAAGGUAUUGUCGGGUCACUACCGCCAAGUCCAACAUGAGUUGACAAUGAAAGACGUGGGGCUCAUUUGAGGAAUACUGGGACAUACGUUUCUACAAUGGGGAGUCAGAGGAACGGUUUCAAGAAGGAAAGCUUCAUGUUGUCAGUGGACGUUGGCACAACAUCAAUCAGAUGUCACGUCUAUGACAAGGAGGCAACGAUCCGAGGAUCAUGCACCACCAAGGUUUUCCCCUUGUACCCAGAGGUAGGACAUGUGGAGAUGGACCCAGAGGCACUAUGGAAAGGGUUUAUCACUGUGGUCAAGGGAGCUGUGCAAGAUGCAGGGCUACAAAUGCGCCAGAUAGAGGCCCUUGGCAUCUCCACUCAACGAGGCACAUUCACAACAUGGGACAGGAAAACUGGAGUUCCCUUCCAUAAUUUUAUCAGCUGGCAGGAUCAGAGGGCUGCAGACUUGGUGAAGUCCUGGAACAAAUCAUGCACAAUGAAAGCAAUCCAUGGUGUGAUGAAGGGGCUGUACUUCAUGACCAGGCAGAAACGGUUGCUUGCAGCGAGUCUCAUUGUUUUCUCCACUCAACAUGUUACCUUCCGCCUUGUCUGGGCCCUGACAUACUACAAGCAAGUCCGUCAAGCGGUAACUGAAGGCAACUGCUGCUUUGGAACGAUAGACACCUGGCUCCUGUUCAAACUCACUAAAGGACACAUCCAUUCCACAGACUAUUCUAAUGCCAGUGCAACUGGCAUUUUUGACUCCUAUCAGAUGUGUUGGAGUGGUUUCCUGUGCUCUCUUGUCUCCCUGCCUCUCACUAUUUUCCCCAAAGUAGAAGAUACAGGCCAUGACUUUGGAUCCACAGACCCGUCUAUCUUCGGAGUAUCCAUCCCUAUCAUGUCAGUGAUGGCGGACCAGCAGGCAGCCAUGUUUGGAGAGUGCUGCUUUGAUGUUGGCGAUGUGAAGAUCACCAUGGGGACGGGCACCUUCAUGAACAUCAACACUGGGAGCAAACCACAUACAUCUGUAGCAGGUCUGUAUCCUGUGGUGGGCUGGAAGAUCGGCCCAGAGGUGGUGUACCUGGCGGAGGGUAAUGCAGCCGACACAGGCACUGCCAUCAAGUGGGCGCAGGAGCUGGAGCUCUUCUCUGACGUCCAGGAGACCAGUGCCAUGGCUUACAGUGUCAAUGACUCUGAUGGAGUGUGCUUUGUACCGUCCUUCAGUGGCCUGCAGGCUCCUCUGAACGACCCUAAAGCUUGUGCUUCACUCAUGGGCCUCAAACCCUCAACCACCAAGAGCCACCUGGUCCGUGCCAUACUGGAGUCUGUCGCCUUCAGAAACAAGCAGCUGUAUGAGACGAUGCUGAAAGAAACUCACAUCCCCAUCGCAAAGAUCAGGGUGGAUGGUGGUGUUUCCUCCAAUGACUUCAUCAUGCAGCUGACUGCAGACCUGUUUACCAGAAAGGUAGCCAGACCCGAGCACCAUGAGAUGUCGUGUUUGGGGGCUGCUUUUGUUGCUGGACUUGGAGUGGGCUUCUGGAGGACCCGGGAAGACCUGAAGAAGCUGCAGAACAUGGAUCAGGAGUUCUUACCUCAAGGGGCACCCAAGGAGGGUGCUGGCAGCCCAAAUCGGGAGUACAUCCCCGUCCUCCAGAGCUGGGAGAGAGCUAUCCGUCGUUCCAUGAACUGGUACAGCAAGCCUUGACUCUGAAAGCGCACACAGGGAGAUCCAGAUGUUGAGCAAAUGGGGGGAUAAAGACAUGAGGUUUCAGUACAUGUGAAAGUAGAAGGUUUAGCAUUUCCCAUACGUGGAUGCUAAAAUAAAUGACAAUGGGGUUUUUUUUUCUCUCUACGGUUGAACAAAACACAGCUGAAGGUCAUUCACACUGACAAAAUGAUAUAGCACUAAUAUGUGGGAAAGGUCCAGUACAGGUGAGAUCCAGGCAGCCACCUUCACAGCCUUGAAUUGUUGACCACAUACAGCUACUAUAAACUUUACUCUGUUUCUUCACACGAUAGCUGCCUUUUCAGAUAGAUCCAUUAUUCAUUUCAGAUCUCAGGUUGCUGGUGUCUAUUCAUGUUACAGUAUUUUAGCAUAUAUUAUAUUUUUUAUAUUAUUUUUCCACAUGGGGGCGCUAAUGACUGGCUUUACAGCUUUUAGUUUAUGAACUCGCCAUAGCAACCACAUGCCACAUGCAUGCCACAUGCUAUAAAGGAGCCAUAGAUUAAAAUCAUUCAUAUCAGAUUCCCACAUGAUCGUCUGUGUGAGAAACAAAGACAGCACUUAACGCCUCUGUUCAUGAUACCUCAAGAUUCAAAGAGCUCCACUGAGGGAUAAAACCUGUUUAGGAAAUUGUGUUAGGCAUUGAACAAACACUGUUUAGUAUUAUAUCUGUUUCUUCUUGAUUUAACAUGGUGUUAGUGCUAGUCCUCUAUAGAAAACCCCCAAUUCACACAUGUUGCCUUUCAGAGAUCUGGAGCAGCUUUAAUUUGUAGUUAUAAAUUAGAUGUACAAACUGUCAGAAAUUAGAUUGCAGUGACUGCAGUGAUGACUCAUGAGAGGAUAUUGUUUAAAUGUGACUGGAACAACUGGUUUUUGUGUGUCAACUCACACUAAAUCUCUCUCUCAAAUCUUCUGCUGUGGAGCAGUUUCAAGGUGCACAUCUCGUAGAUCAGCGCCUGCAUUCCAAGCUUUAUAGGAACAAGUUGAUCAGGGACACACAUACUAAUUGCAUUGACUUAAAACAGAAAUAGGACGUGCAUUCAUUUGUACCGAGUGUUACUCCUUGUCAGUCCGUGUUGUGUAGCUUGUGUUUGUGGUUUAAUUGUCACAGCCUUAUGAAUCCCAGUGCAAAGGGACAGCCAUGGUGAUGUCAUAUGAUAACGUUUUGACUCAAGUCUUUUACUUGACCUGAUGAACUAUGAUGACAAAGUUAUAAAGUUAGUUCUAAUUGUGAUAUGAUGAACUGUGCUUGUACUUAUGUGACAUGUGACAUAAACUGUGAAUCUCACUGUAGAAAUGUUGUGCUUGCUGGGUAUUGUUAAUCAUUGUUUUGCCUUUCUCAAUGUUAUAAUACAGUUCCUUCUACAUGUACUUAACUUUGUUAUGCAAAGUGACCAUAUAAUACUGAAAUUGACAUCAGAUCGAUAAUUUCAGGUCUUCACAUGUGGGAUUUUUUAACACUUGUACUUCAUUCAGUUGUUGAAUGGCACUUGUCAUGCCAAGCUGCUGGGAAAUAACAAAUAAAUCAUUUGUGUAAUCAUAA